UUUUCGCUGCACUUCUGAACUAGUGCGAUAAGUUAGAAUCUGGAAAGUGGGAAGGGUACUAAAAAAAUUGUAUUGAGAAAUUGCACUUGAAAAUACACUAAAUAUCCAAAAAUUAUUUUCACACGUAGUGAUGUAGCGUUGUUAACCAGUGUUUGCCUUAGAUUUCAAACUCAUCUGAGAUGAAAAUAAAAUGAAAAUGAUUCCAUUUCUUUAUCUGGAUGAUUAUAUAAUUUUAUCUAGAUACUUUACUUAAAUUCUGGCAAGCACUGGCGUUGACCAGUGCAUGAUAUGGCGCCAUGCCCCUUACUUAAAAUUUUUCUGAGACAAAUCUGACGAUUCACUUUCAGCUUUCAGCACAUUUAUCGCUUACUAACUUUUUACAUCGUGUCCUUAAAGCAGGUAAUAAGGUUCUGAAAUAUUCAGGUAAAAUGGAAGAGCUCAACAAGGAGCACAAUCCAGGAACUGUAAUAGAGAAUACCAUGAAUUCUACCGUGGAGAAUAACCACGUGGCACAGGAUCCAGAACCAGCGUUCAGUGACGAAGAAGAGGAGUCUCCUCUCAGAAUAGUGACGAAGGUAGACGACGAAGAGGACGAGGAGGACGUACCGUUGUCUACGGUGAAACUAAAAAACGAUCAAAAGAAUGCAAACUGCAUCGUGAAGAAAGAGGAUAUCACGUCACAUUUGCGUCUUAUAAUGGAGCCGGAGGAGCUAAGAACUAGCAUAGAAACAUUACACACGGAGACCGAUAAUGAGUCGAGGUGCCAAGCGAUGGAAAGGAUAGUACAAAUGGUCGUGGAGGACGAGAUAGAUGUGGAGACGAUACCCCCGUUAGCGUCCUGCAUAUCAACUAUCUUAUCGCCGCAGAUCACGGCGCAGAUCUUUCCGUCAGAUAAUCUGAACGAGGAAGCACUGGCCGAUAGUAUAAGCACGCCAUUGUUUGUUAUGUUUCGAAACCAAUUUCAACUGUGCAAGGAAGAAGAUAACAGACGGAAGCUUUUGGCCAGGGUACUAGCGGAAAUGCAGUCGGUUCAACCCAGGAUAGGUUAUCUUCUUCUUUACUUCCUGAAAGUCUGGGGCAGAGAAGAGGAAAAAAGAGAAGGCGAACCGAGCAAUGUUCUGAACGAUGUCAAAGCAUCAGUAUACAAGGACUUCUGCGGGCAGCGAGAAAAAAAAUUGGACGCAUGUCUGGUAUCAGAUUUAAAGCUUUGUCACGAGGAUAAUAUAUUCAUGUUAUGUUACCUCGUGCCUGACGUGUACACAGAAUUUCAAAACGUUGCCCUCGGAAAUGUUCAACUCUUGCAUUUGGUUGUGUCUACCGUUGACUCGUGCCAGUUGCAGGAUCUAGUUUGUCAGAUAAUGCAAGGCCAUCUAAAGAUGUUGAAAAAGGAAUCGUUUACCACGCUAUUGACAGCCAGCUUAAAUUGGGAGACAUUCGAGCAGUACUGUUUCUGGCAGCUCAUAUUCGCACACGAUUUUCCCAUCGAUUACGUACUGCCGGUUUUGCCGAAAUUACAGUUUCGUAAUCACGCGGAGGCGCUUACUUCAAUCUUGCUUAUGCUUAAGCAAGAAAAGCCAACGUUGGAUCUUCUACGACAACUACUCGCCCGGCAAAGCGUCGAUGGCGAUAUGUUUGUUGUGGCCACGCUACGUUACUGGUGUUGCCAUUACGAAGAGAAACUCGGCGAGCUGCUCGCGAAUUUACUUAGCACUCGAUAUCCUGCGACCAGUCCGAACAAACGGAAACGUUCUGGAGCCAAGCAAAAUCAACAAUCCGGUCCACCUACCGGCGAACAGGUUCUAGGCCAUUUGGACCAAUUACGCCAACACUGUGUGUCCUCCGAGGAACUGCAGUUGUAUCACUCGGAAGGGAUGCAAAGAGCAUUACAGCAAGCUCAAGCGGCGAGUAGCGACUCGCUGAGGAAAAGCUACGGCGAUCUCUUUGCGCUUGCGGAAGUCAACGAGGAGAACGAACCACCGCCACCGAGUAGUUCCGCGAGAAAACACACUACUGCCUCUUCCGGAGCAGGUGGGGGCAGUGGGAAGGGCGGCCACAGGAAAACUGGUGCUAACACGAGAGAAAGAUCCAAUGUAAAGAGACCACUUCCGCGAUAUCAUAUUGAUAGUACUUCUACUAGCGAGGAAGAAGAAAUCGUGAAUCCAAAGCAAGCGAAGAAAAGGAAAAAGAUCAAUCCAGUGGGCUCGGACAGCGACUGACCACCCAGUGUCUUCAUAUGUCACAUGGACCACGUCACGUGUGUGCAGCAAGCUAAACUAGCCUUAAGAAUAGUAAGA